AUGAAGAAGGCGCUCGGAAGAUGGGGCCAGAAGGCCGGCGAGAGUGUGGGAAUGGUGAAGCGAACGACUGAGGUGGAUGAGGACUUCGCCAAGCAGGUGGCCGCAUCGGAAUGCAGGAAGGACGUGCAAGAGAAGCUCGUGAAGCAUCUCACCCCCGACUCGAUGAAGGGCAACCUCUUCUCCAAGAACGAUCUUUCACAGGAGGAAAAGAUGGGCGAGUUCCUGGUUAAGAGCGGCAACACGCUGGCCGGCACAAAUGACGGCUCGGCCUACGCCUCCGCCCUUAUUGCAAUGGGCGAAAUGCUCAAGGAAAUCGGCGAGCAGCACAGGCAAACAGAUGCGACUAUCGAUGAGCGGACCAUCCAGCCCAUGAAGCACUUCCUCGACACCAAGCACGACAUCAACCAGUUCAAGAAGAGGAGCGAGAAUUGCCGGCUCGACUACGAGCGGGAGAAGAGAGCGGCCGAGAAGAAGGGCGAAUCGGAGGCACUGCAUCAGGCGUCCAAGUGGUACGAAGAAAGCAAGGAGCAGUACUUCAACGCCAUGGUGGCGCUGCAGGACGGCGAAGAAGAGCAGAUCUCGCAGCUGCGGGCGUACGUCGACGCACAGGCCGAGUUCCACCAGAAGUGUGUCGAGGUUCUUCGCGAAGCCUCUGCCUCCCUCUCGAGGAAGGCCCAGGAGGCCUCCUCGCGCCCCAAACACGCCUACACUCCUUCCCAUGGCGGCGACUCCUACUCAGCUCCUGCGCCGGCGGCCAGCGGGCCAGCCUAUGGCAGCGGCGAGCUCACCUUCCAUGCCGGAGACCAAAUCAACAUCACCAACAUGGUCAACGCCGAAUGGGCCGAAGGCGAGCUGUGGGGUCAGACGGGCAUUUUCCCUCUCAACUAUGUACAAAUGCUCUGA